AUGGUUGCCCUGGGGCCUCAGCUGCCUGGACUGAAUGUGUUCUCCCUACAUCUCAUUGCAGAGCUGAAACGGAAGAAGGAUGGGGAGGAGAUAGUGGAGGAGGUGCGGUACAUAAACUACUCAGCCCAGGGCCCAGCGCUUCUGACGUCGCUCAGUGAAUGCGCACACUGCGGGGCCAAGAAUCUCACGUUUGGUCAGGGACGGGUCGUGCGUGGUUACCGGUUCCCGCACCGGGAGACGCAGGUGCCAACCGGCUGCUCCGCGUUCAGGAAGUGGCGGCGACGCCCUGGCGACAAGAGGCUCCGAGAGAGACUCGGGGAGGCGGAGAGAUCGAGAAGUUUGGACUUCCUGUCGCCGGGACGCCGCCGCCGCUGCUUCCUGCGCGAUCCCGGCCUGGCAGCCGCAGCCGCCUCCUGGCCUCCGAGCAGCAGGGAUAGACACCUGUGUCUCUUGGUGCGGAAACAGGAAUGUGGGAAAGGUUUUAGUCGUCUCUCACAUCUCACUGUCCAUAUAAGAAUUCACAGUGGGGAGCGGCCUUAUAAAUGUAAGCGAUGUGGGAGAGCUUUCAGUCGUGUCUCACAUCUCAUUGUCCAUAUAAGAACUCACAGCGGGGAAAGGCCUUAUGAAUGUAAGGAAUGUGGGAAAUCCUAUACUCAAGCCUUAGGCCUCAUUGUACAUAAAAGGACUCACAGUGGAGAGAGGCCUUUUGAAUGUAAGGAAUGUGGGAAAGCAUUUAAUCAGACCUCAAACCUCAUUGUACAUAGUAGGACUCACAGUGGUGAGAAGCCUUAUGAAUGUAAGGAAUGUGGGAAACGUUUUAGUAGUUCUUCACAACUCAUUAUCCAUGUAAGAACUCACAGUGGAGAGAGGCCUUAUGUAUGUAAGGAAUGUGGGAAAGGCUUUAUUCGGGCCUCAUCUCUCACAGCUCAUAUGCAGACUCACAGUGGGGAGAGGCCUUAUGAAUGUAAAGAAUGUGGGAAAGCCUUUAAUCAUUCCUCAUCCCUCAGGGUAUUCCUCAUCCCUUACUGA